GUUAUAUAUUGAGAGCCACCGUAAGCAUAUUAUCUAUCAACCACUGCAGACCUGUGGCAAGCACACACAGUGAACAGCCUGUUGUUGCGGCCCCCCAACAGAAAUCACGACAUUAGUUCCGUUCCUGGGCCCUUCGACAUGUCCAGGAAUACAAUAAUUGUGGCCCUAGCGCUGCUGCUAUUGGCAUCCGUUGCCACUUUUGUGGGUGUCUUCUUUGGUGUGGGGAGCAGGAAACUACCAAGUUCGCACGUGUACUCGAGGGCAGCUGUGGCAGCAGAUGCUGGGCCAUGUUCAGAGGUCGGCAGAGACAUACUGAAGAAAGGGGGAUCUGCAGUAGAUGCCACUAUAGCUGCCUUACUCUGUGUUGGACUUAUGAAUGCUUUCAGUAUGGGCAUUGGAGGAGGGCUGUUCCUCACCAUCUACAAUGCAACAACUGGUGAAGUUGAGACCAUUGACGCCAGGGAGACUGCACCACGCAAUGCAACAGUAAACAUGUUUGGGAACAGUACAGAUUUAUCCCAGAAAGGAGGGUUGUCGAUUGCUGUACCAGGGGAGAUCCGAGGUUAUGAGAUGGCUCACAGGCGACAUGGUAAACUGCCUUGGAAAGACUUGUUCCAGCCAAGCAUUCAUCUUGCAGAAAAAGGUUUUCCUUUGGGCAGGGCACUUGCCAUUGCUCUGUCCAAGCACAAGAAAACUAUUAUAAAGGACCAAGCUCUAUGUGAAGUGUUUUGUGGGAACAAUGGGGAAGUCCUGAAAGAAAAUGAAAUUAUUACGUUUCCCAAGCUUGCGGAAACCUUUAAGAAGAUAGCUGAUGAGGGUCCAAAUGCUUUCUAUGAGGGACAACUGGCUCAGAACCUUGUGACAGAUAUUCAGGCCGCAGGCGGUAUCAUCACAAUGGAGGAUCUGAAGGAUUAUAAGGCUGUCUUGGAUGAGAACCCUUUAAGGGUGGAUGUGGGGGAGUACAACAUAGCGGUUCCAAAUGCCCCCGCUAGCGGCCCUGUGCUCUCGCUGAUACUAGGCAUCUUGAAUGGGUACAACUUCACCUCAGAUAGUAUGGCCAGCAAUGAGAAAAGGGUCCUAACCUACCAUCGCAUUGUGGAAGCCUUUCGUUUUGCCUAUGCAAAGAGGACCUUGCUUGGAGAUCCGAAAUUCCUCAACAUCACAGAUCUCAUCCAGAAUAUGACUUCCAGUUCCUAUGCCAGUGUGCUCCGUGAAAAGAUUACAGAUGAAACCACACAUCCCAUGUCAUACUACGAGCCAGAGUUUUACCUGCCUGAAAACCACGGGACGUCGCAUAUCUCAGUGGUAGCAGAAGAUGGGAGUGCUGUGGGAGCCACCAGCACCAUCAACCAAUUUUUUGGCUCUAAAGUCAUGUCAAGAUCAACUGGGAUACUUCUCAACAAUGAGAUGGACGACUUCAGCUCCCCACUCAUCACAAACGGCUUUGGAGUGCCUCCUUCACCAAACAACUUCAUCAAGUCAGGGAAAAGGCCGAUGUCCUCUAUGUGUCCAACCAUCCUCUUCGAUAAGAACAACAAAGUUAAGAUGGUGGUCGGAGGUUCAGGUGGAACGAAAAUCACUACUUCUGUCGCUCAGGUGAUUCUGAAUGCGCUGUUCUUCAACUACGAUCUGAAAAAAGCUGUGUCAGAUCCAAGGCUCCACAACCAGCUGAGUCCCAACACCACUCAGGCCGAGCCUGACUUUGACAAAAACAUCCUGGAUGGUUUGGCUUUAAAGAACCACGAGACAGAGUUUCUCAAAUCAACGGGAGCCGUGGUGCAGGCGGUGGUUCGUCGUGAGGACGGACUCCAUGCUCAGUCAGAUCCUCGCAAGUGGGCGUACGCCGCAGGGUACUGACGUCGUAAAAACACACCUCUGAUUGUGCAGGGAGACUGUAGAUGUUUGAAUCUGGACUCCAGCGGCGGCUGACAAGAGUAGAGACUCAAUAAAGAGGCCGGAGCCAUCGUCAGCUGUCUUGGGCAACAAUUGUUCACUCAUUAAGUUAGAAUAAUGUUCAUAAACGUCAUAACAUGUAACUCAGAUAACAGAGCAGAUAAAAAAAGACCUUUUGUUUAUGACCUUGACAACAAAGUGCCUCAGUCUGAAAUUGAUGCUGAAUAUUGUCUGCUUCAUUUUUGCUUCAACUCAUCUUUUUAUGUAAAUAAGAAAUGCACAAGACAUGGAAUAGUAUUUUAAUAUAUCUACAAGGUCAUUUGUGUUGAUUAAAGUUGAAACUGAAACAACAGAACAGAACAUUUUGAAAUCAUUACCCACUGCUGAAACAGUCAUUUACUUCGGUCUCAGUCAUUAAUAUGAAUGAUUUCUACCCAUUUGUGAAACACACAAUUAUCAGCCGUUUAAAGCUGUUUCCUGUUACUGCUGACCAUUGAAGAUAGAUGUGACUCCUACAGUGAUCACUAGCCCCUGAACAUGAAAUAUCCACACAAAGAAAUCAACCAAAAUGAUAAUAGUGAACCGAAAUGUCAACAUAAUUCACUGGGAUUGUUUGUACGAUGUGACAGCAAACAGCGAGAAACAGGAAGGAUCUGCUAUUAGAAUAAUACUACUGUAAAACACCUCAGGGACAAAGAGCCCUACUGCACAUAUUUAAUGACUUACAGUAAUUUCCCACAACCCACAGUGCAACGACCUGUAAUGACCUCAUAACAACAUUACAUCUGUGGCGGCUCACUGUCACCGCUGGGAUCCUGGGCCCCUCUUCUCUCAGCUGGAAUGUAAAUGUGUUACAUAAUUAUUGUAAUGUAUAACACUGUAAAAUUGUGAUGCCUUUAUCAGCUUUUAGCUCCAAAUGACUGGUUCAUAUAUGAUAAAGUGAUCUGACACCCACAACAUGUACUACAUAUAUACAGUAUGUAUUUUAAAUCGAAUGAAGGAUUUUUUCCAGUGUGAUUCUUAUUAUUUAUUUGGUCAUAUCCAGCUUUAAUGGUUUAAUGUUCUUAUCAAAUUGUUAAAAUAGAUGAUGCAGUUGCAUUUUCCCGCCUCUAGUUGUCUAGGUUUUUUUCUUUACUGUGGUUUGAGUAAAAAAGGAAUAGCUCUGCCAGAGUUUUACUUUAAGGCCCAAUUAAGCUUGAUCUCACUCCUACAUAGUUGUAAUGAACUUCAGAGUUAUGCAACCCAGACAUGCCAAUUUACCUUGGGUCUCAAGGCCUACAUAGUUAUAAUCCAUCCCACUGCCUUAGAUGGCAUCGUGAUAGUUUCAAAAUGCACGUUUAACAACUACUGUUGAGAUGAUUUGCUUCAUCAAGGGGAAUUGUUGCUGAAGUGUGCUGGAAGAUAAGAGUCAACUGGAUUCUCAACAGCUUCUGCUCUGACUGAAAGACCAGAGGCGUCUUCUACACGCUUGUUCACUUUAAAUGGCUGUUUCUACAAAGAGGGUGAUCUCAUGACACAAAAGCCUAUCAGAGUCACAACUUUUCCACAUUAACUCAUUUGUCAUUGAAUAAAGACAGUGGGGCUUCAGGCCGACUCAAA